AUGCAUCGUCUUUUUGCUGAGCUGGAGCCAUCUUUAAUCGUCACAGAGCAAAACCUGGCAGACCGAGUUCGGUAUAUCUUGCGCUCAAAUAUAUUUGAUGUCGCCGAACUCGAACGGCUACGACGUGAGGCUGUUCCCUCGUCGGAUGAGAAUGCUACGGCUGAGGAUGCGGCGCCACAAAUGUACGCCUCUCGAAAAUCGACCGCGACUUCCCCGCAUAGCCCUAAGCAAGCGGAAUCGGGCUGUCGUGAGGGCUCUGAACCCAAUGCUGGUUACCUAUUUGGAAGCCAGCCGGGACUUUGCGAGACGGACUCAAUUCUUUUUGGCGCCGCGCUGGCAGUCUGCCGUAUCAUAGGCGCCAAGGUUUCCACGGCUGGACGCGCUACUGGCCAUAGUAGCGCUAUCCCAGCAUGGAGAAGAAGAAUUGAGGAACGUAUCGCAAAGGCUAGAGCUCUCAUCGGCAGACUGAUAUGCUUCAGAUCAGGCAACAACAGGCCAAGAAUUGUGCGCACCGUCAGGAUGGCGUUUGCUGGGACAAAUGUCAGUUUGUCCCAGCCGGAUAUAACGCAAAAACUGACGGAGCGCAUAGAUGAUCUGAAGCAGAGAAUCGCUGCUUGGGGAAAGCGGAUUCGGCGAUAUACCGAGAGGUCGACACGGUUCAACCAGAAUCGUCUCUUCCAGAGUGAUCAGAAGAGGCUCUAUGAAUCAUUGGAGCGACCAAUGGUAAGUGGAACGGGUCCAGCACCGGAUCAGGCCGACACUGUAGCAUUCUGGCGUGGCCUGUGGUCAGAGCCCGUAAACCACAGCGAGGGCCCUUGGACGGAAGUUGUGGCGAGUCAGUGUGCGGGUAUUACGCCCAUGGACCCCGUCAUCAUAACGCCGGAUGACGUAGCUGAGGCGGUUCGUAGGGCCCCGAACUGGAAAAGUCCGGGGCUUGACGGGCUGCAUCACUACUGGCUGAAGGGGUUCAUGACCAAUAUCGGUGAAAAUAAGCCGUUGUAA